ACGCACUUAUUUUAGUUUAGUUUUUCUCAACACUCGUGCGUGCCGUAGCUGAUCUUGAACGCGGUGAAAGUUGUGCGUGUGGUGCGUUCUUCUUCAGUUGUUUUCGCAAAACCGUGAGACACCGUAGAAAACUUCCAGUGCGCCUCUGAUCAGGGCACGUCAACAGCACUCACUCAGUUCCGCGAGCACUUCCGAGCCAUCCGAGAGAACGCUGCAAGUUCGCGCCAUCGGUGAUGUAAGCAGGCGCUGCGGCCUCUCUUCGCCCACACUUGGGAGCUGGGGUUGUCACCACAGGCGUGACAGCCGAAGGCGUGCGUGCGACGCUGUGCUCAUUGUGCCGAAUGCUGCUGUCUGGCAGCUGCACCCACCCAUGAGAGGGCUAUCGAGAUGGAGCUCCUGAGCCUGCUUCGCUCCCAGUGGGAGACAUUAGAGUCUUUCAGAGACCGGCUAGAAGGCGUCGUUCAGCGCUGUGAAGGCAUGCUGCUCCUACUUAACCAGGUGCUGUUCUUCAUGUUGUGUGACCGGUGGUUCUGUCCAGACGACCGUUUGACGGGCCUCUACUCGCUGCUUUUCUACAACAUCCUGUGCUAUCUGUGCCACUAUGCAGCAAAUGUGUUCAGCCUGCGUGACUACACACCUUACGUCCAUGUGUCUGACCAGUCGAAAAUACGACACCUUGCCAUGAGUGUCACUAAGGUGGUGCUGGACUUGACCAAGGGUGUGACAUUUGUGAUCACGGGCGUGUUCAUGCUGCUCGUGUUUGGCCUUGAGCAGGGACUGGAGCACUUCAGCCCGAGCUGGCCCUACCUGGUGCUGACGAGCGCCUACUUUGCACUGACUGAGCGCGCGUGUCAGGAGCGGCUGCCCACUGUGCUGGGCUGGCUGCAGCUGGCCUCCCUGGAGAACCUGGAGCCCCUAUGGGCGCCCGUGCUCUGCCGCCUGGCCUCCUCCCUGGCCACCCUGCUGCUCGUAGUGGCCGUCUCCUUCUGGGGCGGCGGCCAUGGUGGGGGCGCCUGGGGCCUGUGCUUGCUCGCCAGCUAUUUCAACGUUUACCUGGGCCUUAAGGCCAUGGACAGGCACCUGAAGGUACUGCUCCAGGAGCGUGCUCGGCUGGGGCGCUUCCGCUUUGCCACGCGGCAGGAACUCAAGGGCCUCGACGACGUCUGCCCCGUGUGCCUGCAGCGAAUGAGUUUGGCUCGUGUCACCCCGUGCCGCCACAUGUUCCACGGUGACUGCCUGCGCCGAAGCAUCAAGGAUCGCAGCACUUGUCCCAUGUGCAAGCAGGAGCUGUGGUGCUGAUUGCCUCUGUCAAGUUCUCUUACCACGCCAGUUUGAGUGCUAUGGCAGUCUUCUCCUUCGCCACGCUGCAGAUGACGCUGUCGCCUUGCCACCUACUCUCUCUCUGUGAGUGGUGACUGCAUCUGCUAUGAGGCUUGCUGAGAGGAGCUGAUUCUUUUCCAUUGGCCUUCCCUCCCCCGGUUCUUUGCUUCUUGUGAGUGGGAUCCAGCUUGGUGUGCAGCUAUUCAUCCUGUGAGUUGUUAGUUGAGUUCGACGAGUUCUUUUGCAAGAUUUCUUGUGGCCUCGUAACACCAGUGACUCCACUGUGAACACCUAGUCUGGUGCAAGUGUGUGGUUGCUUACUCUGCAGAACUUCUGUUAGUUUAGUGUAAAGGUGUGUGACUUGUGUUCCUUUGCUGAGUUGUUGAUAAUUCUUUGCUCUGGUCUGGAUGGACACGACUAGGCAUCUGCGCUUGUGACUACUCCCAACACAAUUCCUGUUAGUCGGCUCCCCUCCUUCACUUUUGAGUGUGACUUUUCUGUAGUGUCUGUGUGGUGGUCAGCACGCCCUACUGCAAGUGUGUGGGAAAGUGUUUUAAACAUACAUCAGGCUGUGCCAGCACAUGUUUGCUGCACAUUGCCAACAAAAGCGCUGUCAAAUAGCAGGCAUGAGAACUGCUGGGCAGUGCUGCUAUACUGCAACUGCUAUUGCACAUGCUCUGUUGUUUUACUCAGUCUGCUUUGUAACUGUGGAUUUUAAUUUAUACUUAAUAACAUCCGUGAACGAACACAAAACUGUCACGACUAUGUGUCAGUGGACUGAGUCUACUGAAGUUUGUACUGUUGGCUGUUCCUUUGACCACAUUUCGAUAGAAGUUUCUUAGUCCUGUAUCAUAUUCAUUUGUUACUACAUCUUGUUUGUGCAUUUUGACAUUGUUGUAGUCUGACAAAAAAAAAAAAAAAUAGGUUGGCCAUUUUCUGGUUACAGCUUUCUGAAAGUGUAACCUGGAACGUGACCAAAUUCUUUGUAUCGCAAAGCUAGAAGUUAAUUGUUUUCCAUAUAGCCAAUUGCCCACCUGAACUACUUAGUUUUAGUUAAUAAAUACGCAAGACUGGCAGCAGUGCAUCAUUUUUGAUCCAGUGAAAUGCACUACUCCUAUAAUUGCUAAACUAUCUUCUUGUGGCAAAUUUUUUAUUUUUUUCUAAUGCAGAGUAAGGUUAUUCCUUAAAGUGAAAAGGCCAGUUAGAAGGACGGCCAUGUGUCUUUUAAAAAGAAAAAUGAGUGAACUGGAGGCUCAUGCGCAAUUUUGUCAGCAGCCAUCCCUGCUGUGAUUUUUAACUGCUUCGUCUGCACCUAUUCAUGGGCCACUGUGACAUUGUCCUACAAUGGUGCUGCAGUUGAAUGUGGUGGUGUUACAAUAGUGCUUUGCCUGUCUAUACAUAACCGUAAUCCGGACAUCAGUGGACAUACGUUUGACUUCUAUGCUACACAAAGGCAGUAAAUACAUAAUUGGGGGACAGGAAAAAAAUAACACUGCACUUAAGUUAGGCUUGCCAAAUACAUCUUGUGUACAUCAUAAAAUAUCUCGGAGUCGAGCAUAACUUGUAUGUGUUGCCAUGGUUGUAGAGGACAUGUCGUAGGUGUGCAUAAGGCUUGAUAGUUAAGUGGAUUAAACUUGCAUGGAUUGGACAUGAACUGCCUGAUAAAUUAAGAACCUUUCUUGCUUUAUACGUAAAAGAAAGCUACUACCCUAGCACACUAUUAAAAUACGGAACUGCAAGAGCAGCCACGACAGUAGUGGCGUUGCUUGGAAUGAAUUUGCUGCUUUUGGAGAGAAAAACCACAAGUGCGGCAGCUAGCGGGGCUUCAAUUUCAAGUCAGAUAUUUAGCUUCUCUUAUUAAAGUUGAGCUCUUCCAUGUUUUGUGAGAAGAAAAUGUGAAUGUGAUGUUCUUAGGGUGGGCCAGCAGCUUAUAGCAUUUCAUUUUCUGUGCUUGAAAGUAUGGGUGCCUGAAUUGCAAAAUUCUUAAUUGAAUUGAAUACAAAUACUAUCAAAGAAAUGUGACCUUGGAAUAUUCAGUCAGAUAUCAAGCACAUUAAACCACCUUAACUUGAAGUUGUAAAAACAAAAAUUUCAAGAUAAGCGAAAUUGCAAAAAUAGAAGCCUGCUGGCCGUGCAUAGACCACAUAGAGCCUUUACAAAAUGCUGCCACUAGUAUCCCUGGUUGUUUUCGCACGCAUCGACACUGCACACGUUGGCAUCUACGGGCAAGGGAGUUACUGGCACCAUGGCAAGACAGCGUGUGCUUGGCACGGAGUUGAGACGAUUGUUCCUAAUGCAGUGUUGGAAGCCAGUCAUCAUAACCGGUCAGACACCCGAAAAGCUGGCACUGCUGCUUUCUGCAUCUUAAUAAAUUCGAGACACUUUCACUUCCAAAACUCAAACUGAAAUAACGGAAGAGUGCAACUGUCACACAUCAAGCAGACAACCAUGAGCGAUGCGACACUUACGCCUCACUGUCGCACAAGCAUGAAUUGAGCAUUCUUAUGCUGUGAUGUCACUGAGAUGCUGUGGGCUCACAUGCUGGCUUCUUUUGUGCACAGUACCUGGACUGAUCGUGCCUGCUCAAAAGUGCCAACCAUCUUGCUCAAACACACGGUUAAUAUGCUGACCGCAUUGAUGUGUCAUUUAGGAUGGCAUCCUAAAUGAGAGGGGAAAAAAAAAAAGACUUCGACUCCCAGCUCACCGCUGCUGCAUGAGGCCACAACAAAUUGGCAGGAGGCAGCCGAGCAAGUCAGUGCAAUUAGUGAUAGACAGAAAGCAGGGGCAAGGAUCAGUGGAAAGCGGGGCUCCGGCGUGGUGUCUGGCUCGGCUAGCGAGCUGCUGCCAGGUGAGAGGCAAGUGCAAGCAUUGCUGCAGAUGCUUCCCCGUCACCUUUUUCCUGGUAUAUUUAAGUGGAGAUUUUGAGGUAUCCGGAGUCCGCCUCGGAAAAUUUCCGAGGUAAAAGGCGAAAAACACAUGGGUUGACACCAUGGCCCGAAAUUUUUUUUUACUUAGCUGAUAGAGAUAUCAGAGUUCGAGUUAAUGAGGGUUUACUGCAUAUUUUCAUUUCUAAGCAACAUGAAACAUAAAAGCUGUGCAGGGUCCGCAUGCUAUGGAAAGAAGGCUUACGCCUCGAUGCACACGAACCUGUUCAGAACUGGACAUCUGGUCAGCUGAGGAACUUGUAGAAGAGCAACAUCUGAAAGGCGAUCAUAUACAAUGCAUCAUCAUAAUGACUGUAAUGAAACGUAGGAACAGUGGAAGUUAUCGAGUGGAAGUUAACUAUUCUACACCGUCACUCAGCAACUGGUACCCCUCUGCAGCGACUGUGGCUUCCCCGCAGUAGAGUAGUCUCCCUUUAAAUCUGGCUUUCUUUGUGUAGACUUCAAUAAGUGCUGUUAUCUCUUGGGUUUCAGCAGAAAUGGAUAUUUGACAUCUUUGAAUAAUCAUUUCUCAAAUCAAAUCUUUAUUCCUGAUUUCAAGUAUUCGCACACCCCUGCUUGAAAUUAAGAAUGCUAUAUGAAUUUAUGCUUUGGCAGCUAGUCAGGAGAAACUGUGUGCUAUCAGUGAUUUAGAUUGGCUCUAGAGAUUUAGCUUUAGCAGACAUGAGACACAGUGAAGCGUGUAUAUGGAGACGUGCGUUUUCAAUCAAACAGCUUUAAAAAGGAUGUUGUGUGCUUCUGCUGUGCCAUUUUUACUUUGAUAUCUCAACAAGAUUGCAUUUUUGGUUUGCAGUAUUCACUGCAACAUGUGGCAUUGUUCUUUGCCUGGUGUGUCCGAAUUUUAAGUUGGUAACGGGAAAUGACAACAGGCAGUGUCUCUACAGCAAUUUGUGUUGCUGAUAAAAAAUGUGCGGUGUUUUAUUAUUUGUUCCGGAUGAAACAAGAAAAAAGAAGGACAAGAACCAGUGACAAUAAUUUUUAAUGUAAACGAGUAGUCGAAUGCAUCAAGAAAGCUAUUCAUUUAAUUAAAAGAACAGUGCACCUCACGGCGCAUAUUUGUUGCGAUGAGUAUAGUUAAGGAGCAUUUGUUGUUUCAUUUUAUAAAUUCAUAGAGAACAGCAUUGUUAACCAGCACAUCUGUAGCAAUAGCACCGGUAAACAGUACAUGUGUCUCAAAGAGCUCUAAUAGCUGCUGUUUGACAACGAAUGCGCAAGUCGAUGGUGUGGAUGCCCACAUCCUUUGUGUCAGUGCCUUCGUAUUGGCGACGAGUCCAACCUCAGACCACCAACCAUGAAAACUGGCGAGAGAGCCAAGGAAAGCCUUCUACUUAUAAAAAUUCAUAGUGCUAAAGAUGUCCAUUGCUUUAUAGAAUGGUGCAGACUGGUGACGUGAUCUUGCUGCAAAAUUUGAGCAAAAGUGAAGCAGAUGUAAACACUAACCUGGCCUGCUUUAUAGUUGGCCAGCUUACAGAGUUUGCCGGUGCAGAUAUGUUACAGUAUAUAUAUUGUAUGCCUGCUUCUAUGAAAGGAGUGUGCAUGAUUUGAUGUUUGCACAUAUGUGGAGUUGUCUUUUGACACUCUGGCACAAUUUGUAUGCACACGUAUCAUUUGUUUUGGCAGCUGCAGUAGUGCUACAGACAAGUGCAGUGUUUUGUCGCAUAGCUACAGUUGAUAGUCUGUUCUGCAGUGCUAGAGCAUAGCCUCCUGUAUUUCUUCAAUGCGAGGCUAGUGACGCUGAAGCUGGGGUUUUCUGAGAGGGUGCCACAUUUCCACUAGUUGGUCACAGUUUAUGGAACAUGGUUAGGGUCAUGUCACUAUCCUUCACGUGUCAUGCGGAAGCUAUCGAACGGACAGGGAGUGGCAGCAGUGCCCAGCUAAAGUUGUCCAUACCCUAGCAACGAUGGGUAUAAAAUUAUUCGGAAUGUGGUGUACUUAGAGUGGACCUCUGGCUCCCAUGCAUUGAGGAAUGACUGGGCAGGCCCUGCAAAAUACAGGAGGCCGUGGCUACAGUAACUGACCACUUGCUCAUGGUUGUGAUGCAGCCUUGCAAAGCUUCUGACAAUCCCCAUUUCGAGACAUUCUAGUCUUGACAAUGUGCCUAGAGUUGGCACGACUCAUAAUCAGGGUGCCACAUUAUGUGCCACUUCAGGUGUGUUGCAAUUGAAGUGUGAAUAUUGUGAAUAUGUGAACAUGAACUAUAACAAAAUUUCGACUGCGUGUGAAAAGCCAGUUUCAGAUGGCAUAGAUAAUUUAGGAGCCUCCGUGCAAAAUCUUAUGUUUCAAAUACAGUUGCAUUCACCAUGAAAAGCGCGCAGAAAAAUACAGAUGCCGGCACUACCGCUCACUGGAAAUGAUGCUGAAUCCGGAAUGUUCAGAACUGUGCGGCUCCUUGACAUGACCUCCGUGAUAGGCGUCGCCUCGCACAUUGUGCAAAUCUCGGAAGCAAUAUGCCAGGACCUGUUCACAUCUGCUAACCACCAGGUGCACCCAUCAGCCGCUAAGGUGUUACUUAAAGGCUGUUAAUAAUAAAAUGAGCUAAUUACCACCUCUCCAGAUUUGCCUCUCUAGCACAUAGUACCCAUUUUUAACCAGUUAAGAUAGUGAAAUUUCAUUGCAGUUGGCACUUAAUGGCUGCGAAUACUCAUGUGUUCUUGCACCGAGAGGGAUGUUAUCAAUGUGUGCACGAUGCAGUGGCCUCACCAAGUAGUCAUGCAUAAAAUUAAAAAAUGGACAGCCGGGUGCAUUGUGGAGGCACCUUUCACCUCAACACAUUGUGUGAUGCAGUCAGGAUGACAAACUUAUCAUAAUGAGAUUUGGUCUUGUUGCUUUCACCAGCAUGCUAGUUAUUUUUUUUUAGUCACUUGUUGCAGUUAUGUUUUUUCGGGGGGGGGGGGGGGGGGGGGGCUAGUUGGCAUUGAACAUCUUUCUAUAGGGGAAUAGUAAUGUGCUGUGCAUUGUCAAAUCACCAAGCUUUACUGGCCCACUUCUGCUUAGGCCAGUUAAUAGUUUACUACUUUAUUAAAAGUUUCUGAUUAGGCCCACUUCAAUUCGAUAUGAAUCUCUAGUUGCAAAUGAAGUGAAAUUUUUAAAAAUCUAUCGGCAUUAUUUUUAGUGCCUAGUGUCAUUAUUAUUGAUGACAAUUGGCUGUUAUUUGGCCAUUAUUUCUUUUAAAGGAAAAUUCAGAUAUUUUCUAAACCGUGUAUGAAGAAUGAUUCAAUAAGCACAUUUUCAAUUGAAAUUAGUUGCAUUCUCCAGGUACUUUUUUGACGAAAUAUCCUGCUUGUCUUGAGGAAAGCAAACUUAUCCUUUCUUUCCUUUUUAUUUCCCUUCUCUCUAUCUUUAAAUUCUGUUUCUAUUCCCUGCUUCUUAAAGAAUAGGCUGGCAUUAAGCCCCCCUUGGUGGCAUUUACCAACCUGCUUCCUCCAGAUUUCCAUCUUUGUCCUUUGUAUAGGUCCGUUUUCAUAAUUAAUAAUAAUAAGCCAUUCUGUCUAAAUGGGCUUGGCUUGAGUGGCAUAUUUUCCCAUGUGUUAUUUAACCUGAUCAUCUGUAUUCAGGAUGCAUAUUGGGAUUGGCACAAAAGAACAAGAGACAUAGAAAAAAGACAAAGGACAAGCACUAGGUUCAUUGCCAACUAGCUUGCUAUUAGUUGGUCCCUCAGACUGCAAGUGACUGUAUGGCUGUUUGAAAUUCAGACUGCUGCUGGCCCAUAGGCUUUAAUAGUUGGCUAUCACUUUGUGCACAAAUUUCAUUGCAAGAAGAAUAGCUGGUAUUGAGCUGCAGUAUGUGGUCAAAUGUACCGAAAUAUUGGCGAGCUCUUAAAGCACUGGCAGCAAUCAUGGCCACCAACUCUAAUAAUUCUUGCAGCCAUCUAUGCUUACUAAGCUCAAGUGAAUGUAGUAGAUGUGACAGGUGCCUCUGCAUUAUCAUUAUUUACUGGCACUCUGUUCCUUUUGGAGCAGUUGUCCCAACCCCUUAGCAUUGGCGAAGAGGCAUUUUUAUGCUCGAAAGAAACGCAUAAGUUGAUCGAAGUUGUUCAGCCUCUAUCCUGCCUCUCGGGCACACGCUUCAUGUGCAAUAGUCUACCGCAAGCACACGUACUCUUGUGCACUGCAGUUUUCAUCAACUGUGCCCAACAUGCUGCUGAGGUGACAGUUCCGGUGGCUUGUUUUGCAGAAAUUGAGAGUGCACUUAUUUUUUAUCUGUUGCAAUAUUUUAGUGGUCACCCCUGUCCAUUCGUUUUUUUUUUUUUCAUUGAUGGCUGAAUAAAUUAUGCUGAAUGUUUGCUGAUCACA